GCAUCCGAACCUGCAGUCAAGUGUGCCUCGCAAGUCGUGAGCAGCUCGCAGAAGUCGUUCAGCCUCUCGCAGAAACCAAGCUGAUACCUGCGCCUGCUAGCCUACGGGACUCGUCCAAACCUCGAGACAUCAGCGCUCGUCCGUCCGUCCCGAGAUUCCCCAACGCCGAGCGCUGCAGUCAUGACGAGGACGCAGCAGCGCUCGCCCAGCUUUCCGGUCCUCUUCCUUGUGGUCCUCAUCGCUGGGAUAGCUUCGUCGGGUCCCUCCACACCACGCAGGAGCAGAGUCCGACGGCAGAACAUGAAGGUCCGCAUCAACGCCACAGGUGACACCAUCGUGAUGAAGUUUGUACGUCCCAACGCCGACACCAAGCUGGAGGGCUACAUCCUGGGCUACGGCAGCAGCAUGUUCUCCAAACAGUUUAUUCCUCUACCGGAGAACGGGAAGCCUUACGAGACCGAAUUUGACGCGGAGCCCAAGUACCUUAUCGCCGUCCAGCCCAUCCCAACCAACGACGUCAAAAAGCACUGCACGGGGAAAGUGGAAUUGGAGAAGCCACUCCACCUGGUUAUCGGGUCGGUAACGCCCACCUCAGUUCUGCUCUCCUGGGGGACCCUACUGAAGACCCCCUACGAAGGCAACAUCAUGAACGACUGUCUCGAGGAUGGACACUACACAGUGCGUUAUAGGGAGAGGAACAGGAAGUGGAACUACCAGACCUGCCCGACGAGCGACACGGUCAUUGACAAUCUCAAACCCAACGCGGUUUACGAGUUCGGGGUCCAGCCCAGCUCGAAGGACAAGACCGGAUCGUGGAGCAAGCCCGUCAUCCACAACAUCAGCUCGGGGGUUGUUCAAGAGAAAGUCAUCAGGAAAAUCUUCAAACGCCCCAUGAGCCCUGUGAAACCCCAAGCACAAGGUCCUCACUUCCCCUUUACUCCUCGUCAUGUUCUUCCCAAUAGGACGCAGGGCAGACUACCCCUCUCCCGCCACAUAACCCCAAAGACAACGCUCGCUCCCACCACAACUACUAGACAGGAACCUCUGUCUACCCCCGGACCUGCGACACCUGCGACUACCAAACAGCCAAUUGGAGGAGGCCUCUCCAAAUCUGUCAUUUCUCCUUUCUACGAGGUCCCUUUAGUUCCUAAUCUCCAACUUCCACUUCAGAUUACAGCGCCAACAUCUUCUGUAUCAGUCCCAAAGCAAAAUGGUGGACAAUCUCAAAGUCAUCCCCCACUUCCAUUAAAUCUCCACCAACCACCAACACAAUCCAAGCCCAGACCACAACAACCCCAAACAGGUUCGAAGCCAACAGCCCAUUUUCUUCAACAUCAAUUAGCAUUCCAACCUAUACCCCAAAGUGAAUCAUAUUCAGAUCUAGAGCUAGAGUUGCACCCUAUAACACAUAACCCAAUUCCAACACACUACCAUCAAACAUCCCAACCUACACCCAAAGCUCAACCCCAGUCAGAAACCAGAUCGACACCCAAGAUCCAGACAAAAUCGAAAACUCAGACAAAACCACAACCACUAUCACAGCCUCAAACCACAAGUCAGCCUGAACCAAGACAUCCUCCAAUAACCCAGUCUAUACACCCAACACAAUUAACAACAAAGCCUGCCGAUGAGGCACAUCCAAAAACAUCUCAACCGACUAAACGACAUCAAACUCAAAGGCAACAAAUUCAAACAAUACCUCACGUCCUACCUAAACAACCAUCUCAAUCUUCAAUGGAGCCACAAAUCCAAACAACAUCUGAAUCAAUGAUCCAUUUUCAGACAACAUUCCAGCCCUUCACGCAACUAAAAAACUCUACGCAUGCUCGUCCAAGCACAAAAAAACAGUUCAAAGUUCAAUCAACAUUAAAACCAAGGACUCACUCUUUGAUCCCCAUGACACAACCUCUAUUUAAGAAAACGGCCCGGCCUGAAACACACUCCCAACCAAAAACACAGCCAGGUCAGCCGGCCAAGUCUCAAAACCAACCCAUCACCGGACACCAUAAUAUUAACCAACCACAACCUUUAGGUAGGGCCCAGCCACAGCCCCAGUCUCAUCCUUUGUCCGAUACCCUACCCCAAAGGAAACCUGCUUCCAAAUUCCCAUCAACGGCACAAAGUCUGCCCCAAUCUGAACCACGAACCAAGGCAAAUCUUGCAUCAACGUCCCAAGCAGAACUGCAACCUGGAAUUGAGAUUCUGCCUCAGGACAGGAUUCACUCUGGCCCUGUAGAGGUCCCUCCAUUGCAGGCAGUUCCCACCGCUCCUAGUCCACGGGAGAAGGGAAAGCCUCUGCCAAUCCCAGCCCCGGCUGCAGAGAAGCCUGAUAAUUACAAUCUUGGUACCACCAACCGGAGAGUCGAGACCCCUCGUCCCCCAACUAGCUCCUCAGCUAUUCAGGCAGGAAGAAACACAACAUUUUCACGCAUAAAGCCUCCUCCUCAAUUGCCUCGCAAUGGCGUCAGAUCAUUCUCCACCUCCUCCCACAGCUCCAGGAUCUCUGGGGCUCAUCAUAGGAGCAAUGCUCUCCCUAAACCUGGAGCAUGGUCCAAAGAGAAACCUGUUCUGCGCCAAUCUGUUCCCGUCAACAAGCGACCCAACUUGGUGGGGAUGCCGAACGACCACGAUAAACCCAUGGACCUCAAACAAGGCGACAAGGAGUCCAUCUUGAAGCCUUUCCCUUUGGUCACAUCCAAGCCGAAGCAGGAUCGUCGACAGCAGACAGCCACCACUACCCCGUCAUUAAAUAGCAGCCGCUUUGACAUCAAUGAAAAUUCCUCCAUAUUCAGGCCCCUGCCCGCAUCCGAUGUGGACAUUAUGGGCAAGAAGCGCUAUGUGGCUCCUCACGUCAUCUACAAAACCGAUAAGAAGCCAGACGAGCCGUGUUCAAUCACGUCCUCCCUGGCGUACUUCCCAGACGACGAGGACGGCGGUGAUCAGAACGUGACGGCUGCUCCCCGUAUCCCGCCCUCCAACCUCACCGUGGUCACAGUCGAAGGGUGCCCGUCCUUCGUCAUCCUCGACUGGCAGAAAUCUGAUAACGAAACCAGAGAGUAUGAGGUCGUGUCAACAGCUAAAGGGCCCAAUGGAGAGGAAGUGUCCAUAUUGACAACAACAAACCAGACACACACCGCAGUGGAGAAUCUAAAACCAGAAAGCAGUUACGAGUUCAAAGUGACACCAAAGAACGAGCUGGGAACGGGACCGUCCAGCGAGCCUGUGUCGUUUAACACCGAGUCAGCGGACCCUCGAGUGAGUGAAAACGUUUCAGGAAAAGAUGCCAUCUGGACACAGUUCCCAUUUAAGACAGACGCCUACUCCGAAUGCAACGGGAAGCAAUACGUGAAGAGGACGUGGUACCGAAAGUUUGUGGGCAUCCAGCUGUGCAACUCCCUGAGAUAUAAGAUCUACCUUAGUGAUUCACUCAAUGGGAAGUUUUACAACAUCGGAGAUCAAUCAGGUCACGGCGAGGACCACUGCCAGUUUGUGGACUCCUUCCUGGACGGGCGGACUGGGACGCAGCUGUUUGCUGACCAAUUACCAUCCAGGCCAGGUUACCUCCGAGCGCUGAGACAAGAGCCGGUUAGCUUUGGUGAGAUUGGGGGCAAGUCGCAUGUGACUUACGUGGGAUGGUACGAAUGCGGCACGCCCAUUCCCGGCAAGUGGUAACACCUCUAAUGCAGUCCCGAAGGUCUGGAAGAAGAGUACCAAAGGCGCCUAACCUGAAGAGAGUUGGGCUUCUUUUCCAUGUUACCAUAAAUCAAGGGUGGACAACCUCCCCCCCCCCCCCCCCCCCCAUCUAGACAGUCCUCCACAGGCCACACUAAAUUGAUUAAACAAACGUUUAUUAUUAUAUAUUAUUAGCAUUUGUUGGUUAGAUGUUCCGCUGAGGUUUUGUUUUUAGAAUUACAUGGUGGGCUGGAUUAAAUGCUAUCGCGGGCUACAUAGGCCUCACAAGAUGUAGGUUCCCAGCCCCUGCCAUAGACACUGUAGAAUUGCUACGAGGUAUGAACGGGUUCAGGAAACAAAUUCCCGAUGUUGUUAAAGUGUCAAAAUGGAUGCGCGAGUGGCCAAAAUGUUGAUUAUAUAGUCAUUGUUCUGAAAAUUGUUGGGAAGCUGGCUCCCAAAAUGUAUGAUACUAUUUAUCAAGGGAUCGUUACAGGAUUAUAGUGCGUGCUGGUACAUUCCAGAGGACAUAGAUUUGCAUGGCUAUAAACACACACACACAUUGGUCAUUUGUAUAGAGAAACAAGGUGCCACUCAUAUAAUGAUUGUACAGUUGGACAAUGUAAAAUACAAGCACACAUGACACAUGCGAGACGGACCGCUUGCUGUUCCUGAGGAACUGCUAGCAGUUGCAGUUUGCACAGUAUUAUACUUUUGUUUAUAUAUGUAUAUGGCGUGAAAUAUUUUGUGUCUUCCAGGGAUAGUUUGUUUGCUAGAAGGUUGUCGAAGUGCAAAUUGUUGGUGAAAAACAAAGAGCCUCUAUAUGAUGUCGUUUUGGAAUGCUAACUUUUCGCCAAUAAUGCUAUUCCAUAAGAAAUCGAUUUGUUGAAACAUUUUGCUCACUGUACAUAAUUUUCCCAUUAUUUCUUAAGGAUACGUUUGCGUUGCAACAUGUAAACUGUAUUUCAGCAUUAAAUCUUGUUUUGAUAUUAA